CAACAACUUCACUAUUUAAUAUUCCAUAUAGUGAACAUCAAUCACAUAUUAAAAAUUUAUUUAUAUUUAUAAUAUUUUUUAAUUUAAAUAUUAUAUAAUUUUUUUUUUUAUUAUUAUUUAUUUAUUGUUAUUUUUAUUUUUUUUAUUAUUAUUAUUUAUUUCCAAUAAAUAAUUUAUAUAUACAUAUAUUAAAAAAUGCCAGAAAGAGAAGUAGCUAAAAUUGCAGUACCAUCAAAAGAUAAUAAAAAACCAGAAGAUGACAAAGAUAAAGAAAAUACCACAUCAACACAACAACCAAAAAAAGAUCAAAAAAAGAAAGAUAAAAAAGAAGAUACCUUAUCACCAGAAGAUGAAAAAUUAAAGAAUGAUUUAGAAAUGUUAGUUGAAAGAGUUAAAGAUGAAAAUUCUGAAAUUGUUUUAGCUUCAUUAGAGGCCUUAAAAUCCGAAAUUAGAUCAUCAACUUCAUCAAUGACUUCUGUACCAAAACCAUUAAAAUUCUUAAGAGUUCAUUAUCAAACUUUAGUUGAAAUUUAUAGCAAUUUAAAAGAAGGUAAACCAAAGACUUUAUUAGCUGAUAUUUUAUCAGUACUUGCUAUGGCAAAUGGUAAUGAAGAAAGAGAUACACUUAAAUAUAAAUUAUUAGGAUCAGGAGAAGCUAUUGCUGCAUGGGGUCACGAGUAUGUUAGACAUUUAGCCACAGAAAUUGGUGUAGAAUAUGAUAUCAGAAAAGAAGAAAGUCAAUCAGUUGAAGAUUUACUCAAAUUAGUCGAUGAAAUUGUCCCAUUCCAAAUGACACAUAAUGCCGAACCAGAAGCUUGUGAUCUCUUACUCGAAGUUGAACAAUUAACCAAAAUCUUUAAUUAUAUCGAUGAAAACAAUUAUCAACGUGUUUGUUUAUAUCUCUUCAAAUGUUCAUAUUAUGUUCCAGGUCCAGAUGAUGUCAACAUCUUAAGAGUAUGCAUUGAAAUCUACCUUAAAAUGAAACAAUACCCAGAAGCUUUACGUGUUGCAAUGAAAAUCUCUGAUCAAGAGUUAAUUACCUCCAUUUUCAAAUCUGUUGAAGAUAAUCAAUCUAUGUUACAACAAUUAUCAUUUUUAGCAGCAAGACAAAGAAUUGUACCAGAAAACUUUAAUUAUGACACAGUUUCUGAUAUUAUUAAUAAUAUUAAAUUAAGUGAAUACUUUUUAAAUUUAGCAACUGAUCUCGAUAUUAGAGAACCAAAAUUACCAGAAGAAAUUUUCCAAUCACAUUUAGAUUCAACAUCUGUUGUCGCAGAUUCUGCCAGAAUGAAUUUAGCUUCAUCAUUUGUUAAUGCAUUUGUUAAUGCUGGUUUUGGUAAAGAUAAAUUAAUGACUGCUGAAGAAGAUACAAAAUGGUGGUUCAAGAAUAGAGAAUUAGGUAUCUUAUCAACUGUCGCUUCUACUGGUAUGGUAGUACUUUGGGAUAUUGAUGGUGGUUUAACAAAGAUUGAUAAAUUCCUUUACUCCCAAGAAAAGCACUGUAGUAAUGGUGCUCUUAUGGCUAUUGGUAUGCUUGCUUGUGGUAUUCGUUCAGAUAUGGAUCCAGCCCUUUCCUUAUUAGCCGAACACAUUAAAUCACCAAAUACAAAUACUCGUAUCUCUGCCAUCUUUGGUUUAGGUUUAGCUUAUGCUGGUACUCAAAGACAAGAUUUAAUGGCUCUCUUAUCACCAUGUCUUGAUGAUGACAAAGAAAAAAUGGAAUUCAUUGGUGUUGUCGGUUUAGCUUUAGGUUUAAUUUUCAUUGGCAGUUGCGAUCCAGAGCUUUCAACUCUUUUUGUUCAAACUCUUAUUACAAGAGGUACCGCUGCCUCCGAAUCACAUUCCCGUUUCCUUCAUUUAGGUCUUGGUCUUUUAUAUCUUGGUAAACAAGACGCUGCAGAAUUAGCUCUUGAAACCCUCAAAGCUAUUGAAGGUAAAGGUGGUGAAUAUGCUCGUCUUACUGUUGAAGCUUGUGCCUAUGCUGGUACUGGUAAUGUAUUAAAAGUUCAAAAUAUGCUCCAUUUCUGUAGCGAUGGCACUGAAAACCCACACCACGGUCUUGCCGUCCUUUCAAUCGCUUUGAUUGCCAUGGGUGAAGAAUUAGGUUCAGAUAUGUGUCUCCGUAUGUUUGAUCAUCUCCUUCAAAAGGGUAAUGUUCACAUUAAAAGAGCUAUCCCAUUAGCUUUAGGUCUUUUAUCACCAUCAAAUCCACGUAUUGCCAUCAUGGAUAUUUUAAGUAAAUUAUCACACGACAAUGACAAUGAAGUUGCUCAAGGUGCAAUCCUCGCUUUAGGUUUAAUUGGUGCUGGUACAAAUAACGCUCGUAUUGGUGGUAUGUUAAGAGCUUUAGCUGUAUUUUAUGCUAAAGAUGUCCAUUUAUUCUUUGUUCGUAUCGCUCAAGGUCUCUUACAUAUGGGUAAAGGUACCAUGACUAUCAAUCCAUACCAUUCAGAUCGUUCAUUAAUGUCACCAGUUGCUGCUGGUGGUCUUUUAGCCCUUUUACAUGCCGCUUUAGAUAUCAAAAAUAUUCUUUCCACUCAAUCACAUUAUUUAUUCUUCUCUUUAGUUUGUUCAAUGAAUCCACGUAUGUUAAUGACUGUUGAUGAAGACCUUAAACCAUUACCAGUUAGUGUUCGUGUUGGUCAAAGUGUCGAUACUGUUGGUCUUGCUGGUAAACCAAAGACUAUUACCGGUUUCCAAACUCAUACCACCCCAGUUUUACUUGGUUAUAAUGAACGUGCAGAAUUAGCCACCGAAGAUUAUAUUCCAUUAACUAAUAUUUUAGAAGGUAUUGUUAUUUUAAAAAAAAAUGAUCAAGCUUCAACUUCACCAAAAAUGACUAAAUAAUUUAAUUAAAUAAUAAUAAUAUAAAUUAAAAAAAAAAAAAAAAAAAAAAAACCAAAAAUCAAAACAAAACAAAUAUAAAUGUAAAUUUAAUUUUUUUUUAUAAAAUAUAAAUAAUAAAAAAUAAUAUAUUUUUUUUAAAAAAAAAAAAAAAACAAAGUA